AUGUCGUCCAGCAGCGCGACAACCACCAGCUAUACCCCUCCCCCCCUCCCCGCGCCCUUCACCAAUUCUCCCGCUACCCUCCUGGCCCAAGGUGCCGAGGGUCGCCUCUACAAAACCAAUUUCCUCACCCCCUCCACCCCCGCCGCCCUCAAAGUCCGCCCCGCAAAACCCUACCGACACCCCGUCCUCGACUGCAGAUUAACCCGCCAACGCAUCCUGCAGGAGGCGCGAUGUUUGGUCAAGUUAUCGCGCGAGGAGGUUCCUGUCCCCGGCGUGCUGGCUUUGGAUGUUGAUGUGUGUGAGGGGGACAAGAUCACGGGUGUUAACGAUAAUUACGAUGAUAACGAUAACAGUAACAGGACCGGAUGGUCUGCAUGGCUGCUGAUGGAGUGGGUGGAGGGCAUUGUUGUCAGGCAGGUGGUUGACCGGUGGGAGAAAUGGCUGAAGUCACGAGAGAAGGCCGUGGGCCCGGCCGACGCGGAACACGACGACAGUGCGGCGGAGAGUAUCAAGAAAGGUGAAGAGGAUAUCUGUGCGCUGUUGCGGAGGAUCGGGCGUGUUGUCGGCGCCAUGCAUAGGGCCGGCAUUGUUCAUGGGGAUUUAACUACGAGCAACCUCAUUCUCAGACCCAUUGCGCCUGUCUCGAAUGCGUUGUCAGAGGAGGACGGGCAGGGUACGGAAGCGUCCGGGCCCAUUAGGCAAAAUGCAGAGUUACAGUCCCCUACCACUACUGCCACUACUACCAAUGUAGGCGAGAAGCCUUCGCUGGAGGGGGAGAUUGUGCUUAUUGAUUUUGGCCUCGCGAGCCAGAGUAUUCAGGAUGAGGAUCGGGCUGUCGACCUAUAUGUGUUGGAACGAGCAUUUGGGAGCUCGCAUCCGAGAACCGAACCUUUUUUUCACGAGGUUCUUAAGGGAUAUGCGGAGAGUUAUAAGACGGCGAAUGUGGUGUUGAAAAAGCUGGAGCAGGUCAGGUUGCGCGGACGGAAGAGGAGUAUGGUCGGGUGA